AUGGAUAUACGUAAUCAAACGCAGGUCAUAUCUAUAUGGAACGUGACGCAAGUGCUAACAGAGCCUGGAUAUUAUGACGUCAUUGUGUCGCAGGCGACCCUGUCCAUCUUCGCGGAGGUGGUGGACUUGUGGAUAUCGCUGGUGGUAGCUUUGCUUGGCGUGGUCACCAACGUGCUCACCAUAGCAGUCUUUUUCCGGAUGGGGUUCCGGGACAGCGUCAACAUUACCAUGACGACCAUCGCCUUCUGGGACCUGACCAGGUCGCUGUGCGGGACCCUGUACCGCCUGUGCGGGCCCAUCUCCUGGUUUUCUGUCAGCCUCGGCAGGGCCUGGCAGAACAUCACAGUCACCAACAUAGUCUACCUCAACAUCAUUUCCGGGAAUGUCUCUUACGUCAUCGGCGGGUACGUGGCGCUGGAGAGGUGCCUCUGCGUCAGCCUGCCGUUCAAGGUGAAGGCCAUCGUGACGCCCCGGUUGACUCUCGCCAUCUGCGCCGCCCUUUCGCUUAUCGUUUUCGCGACCUUAUUUCCAAUCAUGCUGACGCUGGAGUACCGCUGGGUAGCCCCAGUUCAGGGCGGAACUCCUUUCGUCAUUUACCAAUUCACCGACUUCUACCACAUCUACGGUCCGAGCUUUAUGGAAGUCUACAAGUACUUAAGUUUCGUCUACCCCAUCGUCAGCCUGACCGCUAUGGUCAUUAGCACUCUCAUCAUCGCCUUCCAUCUUCAAACCUCCUCUCAAUUUCGAACUUCCGCUUGCACCGUUCCUCGGGAAGGAAGCAGCGAAUCGAAAACUUCCAGCAAGGAGAGCCAGAUCAUCAGGAUGCUGCUGGUGGUCAUUUUGUCCCACAUUGUGGUCCUAGUGCCGCGCGUGGUCCACUACGUGGUGGAGAUAUUUGAGCCCGAGUACUACAUCCUGAAGAGGUACAACAACAUCUUCUGGCUUGUGGUCUACUUCAUCUUCCUCCUGGACUUCGUCAACUCCGCCGUGGGGUUCUUCAUCUUUUACGCUAUGGGAUCCAAAUUUAGGAAAACAUUUGACGCCAUGUUUCGGCGCCCUGGUUGGUGUGCCAGAAAUAAACAUUAA